CAAAUAGUAACAGCCUUUAGCUCUUAGCGAACCAUAUAACGACUAUGGAAACUCCAAACACAAACGCCCAAAAACGCCCGUGCAAACGCCUCCUAUUUGACCGGCGCUAUGGUUGGGUGUUUGAUGAGUGGAAAGACCCAGCAGAAGAGGCCUUAGCUGGUGGAAGAGGAAUGUUCUGCAUUGUGCCACUUGGUAAAGCUUUCCUGAAGAUGGCUAGCCAAACGAUUGACGUUGCUGCCAACUCUGCUGUUAAAGUUCUUGAAAAGCCAGACUUGCUUUCACCUGCAGUGGUACAAGCUAAUAUCAAGGACCAACUCUAUAGAAUGAAUUCUUCUAUGAAGAAACUGGAGUUGGAUCUGGGCAAACUUAUAGCAAAUGUCAGGCCGGAGUUGCCUUGUCCUUCAAAUCUCCCUGAAGAUAGUCACAAAUAAGUAUCACCUAUCAACACCUAAUGAAGGCGCUGACCUUUCUGGUUCUGAUCGUGGAAAUUCAAUCUCAAAUCCGAGAAUCUGGAAGUGAAUUAUGACCCUCUUGCUUCAAUCUCAAGAUGAGGAUUAUUAUCUUUUUCUGGCUUAUAUAGCAUGUUCUGGUUGUUUACAGGCAGAAUGGUGGGCAGGCAUUCGGAGGUGCCAUUGUUCUCUGCUGCCUCCAAGUUUGCAACUGAAGUUCUUGAGAGGCCAAUUUGCUUAUCAUCCUACUGCUGGAUGAUAAGUAGGAUGAUAAGGAUUUCUAGUUUCUUGUCCAAGUAGAUUGAGAGUUCAAUCUCUGUAUGAAAAACAAUGAACGAAUGAUUUUUUUUUAUAUUUUUUUAUUUAAAAUUCCUCCCAAUUUAGGAGGAUCCAUAGUGUUUCCACACUU